GGGGAUCCUUUCCUGAGCCUGGAGCCCCUGGGCCCCUUCCAGAGCCCUCCCAGUGUGCAGGCCAAUGGCAGCUGGCCGGACGCCGCCACCCCCUCGUCCAUCACCGACCCGGGCAGCGACGCCUCCAAUUAAAGAAUUCAAACUUCUUUAAUUUUUAAUUCAAGGACCUUUUUGAGAGAGGACAGAGGUCAAUUAACGCUAAUUAAUCCCGGGCCGAUAGAAUGAUUGACUUCCAAUUAAUGAAUUACCUCAGAACGAGCCAAUAGAUUGUGAUGGCAGCCACACCUCUACCUCUCAAUUAUUUAUAACUUCACUUCGCCUCAGAAAAUUCCAUGUUUUUAAGGAAAAUCUUUGGAUUUUACACAAAGAACCUGAAGAAGAAGGGAAAAAAAAAAAGUCUUGGCGUUUUUCUCCAGUUUUACAGUGGAAAAAAAUGGAUUUAUUUUAUUUUUUGUCUGUUUUUUUACGCUGGGAUUUUGGUUCUAGGUGAGUUAAACCCUUCCUAUUGUAAUUGGAUGUUCUCUGUAUUGGAAUUUUCUACAGGGAAUUUCUGUAGGAAAUUCUAGAGAGAAUUCUAUAAGAAAUUUUUCUUAAUUAAUUGUGCCAAUUAAUGGAAAAGCCGCUUCACCAAACUUCUCACUGAACGUUGCUCGCAGGCCGGACCUUCCACUGGUGUCAUUCCAAGGGAUUUCAGAUCGGGAAAUCCCACAGCAUCACUUUUUCUGAUGGAAAAAGUGCAAAAAUAAAAUGAAAAACCCCAAAUUUACCACAAAACGGCCAAACCACGGGAUUUCCCUAUGGGAAUUCGAGGGGGUUUGUGCCUUUCUGGUGCUGCUCUCAGAGUCCGCCCCUUUCAGGGGUGCCCCGGCGGAGCCAGCCCUGAGAGCGGAGGAGUCGCGCCAGGCGCGGCCUCUGAGGUGAUUUUAAAACCUCCCAGUGGAAAGGGCGCCCCGAGCUCCCCGUUCAGCCCCGGCCAGGAGCCGCAUUCGCUCCGUUUGUCGCCGGUUCCCGCCGCCUCCUCCCCUCAGCGCCGCCGCCGCUCCUGGCGCCGCUCCAGCCUCCAGGGGCGCCGCUCCCGGCGCCGCUCGCUGCCCCCCGUGCACCGCGAGGUCACCGACUUGAGCCAAUCCAUCAGCCUGGAGCUCCCUGAAGUUCAGCGCCUCUCCCUCCUCCUCCUCUCCAGCUUCCAGUUCUGUGCCCGGCAGCUGCAGCAGGACCUGCGGGGCUCCCCCGGAUUCGACCCCGAGCUUUUCUCUGCCCAAGCGCUGAAGGGCUCGGAGCAGCUGCAGAGGCUCCUGCAGAGGCUGCUCCAGGAUGGGACCCUCAGGAACUGCCUGGAACCAGCCCCAGGGGAUUGCCUGGAUCCGGCCCUGGAGGGACCCGUGGGGCAGGUGAAGCUGCUCAUGGCCAGUCUCUCAGGGGAGCUCCAGGCCUGGGAUCGGCUCCUGCAGCAGCACCGGGAGCGCAGCCAGGAGACCUCGGGGUUUCUGCAGCAGCUCCGCUCUGGCCCCGCCCCCUUUGCCCCUCCCCCCGCUCUCCCCUCCCCCCUCCCGGGCCCCAGACCCGACUACGGCUCCGUCCUGGCCCAGCAGCGCCCGGCCCUGCACCAGCUCCGCCUCCUGGUGGAUGAGGCACAACAAGCCGGGAAAAUGGUGCUGGAAUUCCACCAGCAGAGCAGGAGCUUCCUCAGCGGCCUCUCGGAGCAGCUGGCUUCCAGAGCGUUCCGGAGGCUGCAGGGAUCCCCAGCGCGGAAGUUGCUGCAGAAGAGGCCCCAGAAGGCGCUGCCCGAGGAGAGGGAAUGAAAAUAAAAAAGGAAAAUCCCAAAAUUUCUCGGUUUUGCCUCAAAA